AUGAAGUCAGUAAAUAAAUAUCUGCACUAGCUUCACCACGUUAAAAUGUUUUGUGACAAAAAGUGUUGAAAUGAAGCAAUUAAUAUUUGUAUUGUGUUUCUUAAUAUUGUGUGUGACAUUAUGUAGGACAAAAGACUUCGUUGACGGCACGAGAGUUAAUAAUUUGCUGAUAUCGACUGAGAAAGUUGUUUAUCGAGGGAUACCUUUGUUCAAACGAGAUAAAGACUACACUUAUGUUGAUCCGAAGCAAAGAAUUAUUAAGGGUAUCAUCGCACGUGAUCUCUCUCGGACGCAGGCAGAGGUUACCGUGAAGGAAGGAGGAGUGGGCACGACCUCUGUCACUCUACAUUUCCAAAGCGAACGCGGAGAAGGUCUUAACUACCUCGUACUGAUAUUUAGUCAAAACAGCUAAAUACAGAAGAAAACAGCCAUAAACUUUUAUUAUGAAAUUUACUGUAAUAUAUCUCUUUUACACCUAAUUAAUAUAUAAAAUGUAUAAACACCGU